ACGUGGCGCUGAGGCUUGAACGUCAGACCUGUUUGACUUGGCGUGACUUCUGCGUGUUCAAGCAACACAGAGAGAACCUGCGAAAGCAAGCGUGAAGACAAUAAACCAAGUGAGAAGAACAACAACAACUUCUACUCCAACUCUUUAAGAGAUGGAAAAUCUGCUGUUGCCCAGCGGCGAAGAUGUUCCUAGGAUGACCAAUAAUCAAUCCGCGAUCACUCUGGUGUCAGAUGAAGGGGAAGGGUCUGAUGAAGAGGUGGCACAGAGGGAGGAUCGUCCUGCAUGGGACAGUAAGCUACAGUACGUCCUCGCCCAGGUGGGCUUCAGCGUCGGGCUCGGCAACGUGUGGCGCUUCCCGUAUCUCUGUCACCAGAACGGAGGAGGAUCGUUUCUGUUGCUUUAUGUGAUGCUGCUGCUGUUGAUUGGAGUUCCCUUGUUUUUCAUGGAGCUGGCUGCAGGUCAGAAUAUUCGGCAGGGCAGCAUCGGUGUCUGGAAACACAUCUCGCCACGUCUCUCCGGCAUCGGAUAUUCCAGCUGUUUGGUUUGUUUCUUUAUGGCUCUGUACUACAAUGUGAUCGUUGCCUGGGCUCUGUUUUAUUUGGGAAGUUCUUUCCAGUACCCGUUACCAUGGCAACAGUGUCCGACAGAACAUGGCCUUAACCAGACAGUGAAAGAGUGUGCUCUCAGCUCUCCCACCUCAUAUUUCUGGUUCCGUAAGGCUCUUGAUAUCUCCGACUCAAUUGAUCAAUCCGGAGACUUUAAUCCUGUUAUGACCGGUUGCUUGCUUGCAGCCUGGGUUAUAGUCUGUCUCGCCAUGAUCAAGGGCAUCAAGUCGUCAGCCAAGGUGAUGUACUUCUCGUCUAUUUUUCCGUACGCCGUGCUAUUCUGCUUUCUCAUCAGAGGGCUGAUGCUGGAUGGAGCCAUCGACGGACUCACCUACAUGUUCUUUCCAAAAUUAGAGAUCUGGGGUGAGGUGCAGGUCUGGCGACAGGCGGCCACUCAGGUUUUCUUUUCUCUGGGUUUGGGCUACGGAUCUGUGAUAGCGUACUCCUCCUACAACCCAAUCAACAACAACUGCCACCGGGACGCCUUCAUGGUUUCAGGCAUCAACUUCAUGACCUCGGUCCUGGCCUCGCUGGUCGUCUUCGCGGUGCUCGGCUUCCGAGCCAAAAAUAUUGCCCUGGGAUGUGUCGUGGAUAAUAUGAGUAAAAUUUCAGCGAUGGCAUCUCCAGACGCAGCUCAGGAUUGGAAAUCAUGGUUCAACAUAUCCGACCCGAGAUCUGUGGAAUUGAAGGAUUACCAGGAGUGGUACAAGGUUUAUGGGACCUUAGCACCAAAUAUCACCGAUUGUAACCUGGAGAGAGAAAUGAGCAGGGGAGUGGAAGGGACUGGAUUGGCAUUUAUAGCAUUCACCGAGGCCAUGGCGCUCUUCCCAGGGAGCCCAUUCUGGUCAGCAUUGUUUUUCCUCAUGCUCCUGAACCUGGGUAUGACCACCAUGUUCGGCACCAUGCAGGGCAUCCUCACGCCACUCAUGGACAACUUUAAACUGCUGGGUCGCCACAAGACACUACUCACAAUGUUCAGCUGUAUUCUGGGCUUCCUGAUUGGUCUGCUCUUUACUCAGCGCAGUGGGAACUACUUUGUGACCAUGUUCGAUGAUUAUUCUGCUACUUUACCUCUCAUAAUCGUUGUCAUCUUCGAGACAAUCAGCGUGGCUUGGGUCUAUGGAGCUGAUCGGUUUCUGGAUGACAUGGAGGUGAUGCUGAAAUGGCGUCCUCCAGCCAUCUAUAAGUACUUGUGGAAGUACGUGUGUCUGCUGGCUAUGGUGGGUCUGCUGACUGCUAGCCUGCUGCGUAUGUUCUUCAAGUGGCCCACUUACACAGCGUGGAACCACACCACGGCCUCUGAGAGCAGCCUGGGAUACCCGGGUUGGGCCUUGGUGAUGCUCGCAUUGCUCAUCACCGUUGCCUCUAUUCCAGUGCCUGCUGUCUACAUACAUUCCUUCUUCAGCCAUAAACAAGGUCAGUCACAGGCAGAAGGAGGAGCUGAGCAUCACAGAGACCAAUACACCAAAUGUAGUACCAAUGAACCAGAACUCAACAAUCAUCACGCUGCUCCAGAUGACGACAGCGCCUUUCUGCCCGGGGCUUUAGAGCAGUACAAGCUUGUCUCACUACAGGAAGAUGGAGAAGAGGUGGGGGAUGACACAGAACUGUAAUAAAGGUGGACUAGGAAAAACAAAGACAAAAAAAAAACAAAGUGUAAAUAGCGUAGUGGUGAAUCGAUUGGACGGAAACUGACUAAACAGGAUGCCGGACUGUCUAACGGACAGUUGCCAAGGCGACAGCACUGUCAGUGUCUGCCUUACUGUUUAAAGAUUAAGUAUACAGAAAAAUAGAACAAAAUCUUAAAUCUUCAAGAGAAUCAACACAAUUCUAUUAUGACAAGUUAGAAACCAGACUGGAGUUGGAUGGCAUGAUGGCAUGAUGGCACGAGGCGUGUUUCAAAAAAAGCAAAACACAACGUCCGACGCUUCAAUUUGGCACAAACACAUGACUGCUAUAGUUCAAUUCAAUUCAGUUCAAAUUUAUUUUAUAGCGCUUUUAACAAUUGACAUUGUCUCACAAUUGACAUUGUCUCUAUAGAAACUGAUUCAAUAGAAAUGCAAGCUCUGGCUUAAGUAUAGACACAUGUUGAGUAUUGGAGUACAUUAAUGACUGAUGUUACUGAAUUAUUGUUAUAUUAAUGAUUGUUACAGUAAAUCAAAUUAUUUCUUACAUUUCCCAGUCUGUGUCUGUGAGUUAACAGAUGAUGAACUUGGGUUAGGUUAAAUGUAAAGGGAAGAAGUAUGAGUGUUUGUUUGUCUAAAGAUUUAUUGUAAAUACUUGAAUUCUAACAUAGAAGUAUGAUAUAAAAGACAUUUUUCUGAGAUUUUCUUUUUAAUCAUUGUUGAUCUUACCAGUUUGCUUUAUCUUUUAAAUAGCAACAUUGCUGUACUUUUACUCAAAGCACUGAAAUGCACUGGUUUGGUAACCGGAAGCCCAAAACUUAGCACCUGAUCCUCCUAGAGGAUUAGUGGUACUAAUUUUGAUCACAAGAUGCCGCUAGCUUUAAGCGCAAGUUUGUGCAAAGUAGUAAACUCUUCCUUAUGAUAUGCUUCAGGUUCCCAGGUUGCAUUUUUUUGGUUAUUUGAAAGUCACCCAUCCUCCUAUCUUGUAUAUGACAAAUAAAAUGUACAUAGAA